AUGGCGGCUGGUUCAGGGAGCAGAUGGACAGAAGCAGAAACAAAAUCAUUAUUGGAUGCGUAUGGAGAACAAAUAAUUCAAGAAGCUAUCGAUGGAAUGGCAACUAACAAGGUUGUUUACGAUGAAAUUAGCAGGAUACUAAAAGAGCACUCAAAUAUCGACAGAACAACGUCCCAAAUAGAAACGAAAAUUAAGAAAUUGAGAAGUGGUUACAGCAAGUUAAAAGAUCGUAUGAAACAGUCUGGAUCUGAGAGGCCGUACUUUUCGAGUGCUCUAUCAAGUGUAGAAAAAACUGCUUUAAAAGUUUGGGAGCAAUUGGAUAGGAUUCUAGGUAAAUAUUGAUGAAUAAUUGUUCAAAUAAAACUUAAAUAAAUUUAAUGCCAAAUGCUGCUCAUUUUCUACAUGUUUGCAUGAUAACUUUAGGACAGAAAAGGGAAAGAGGUUAUUUCGCUGGCCUCAGAGUGACAAAACGUAAGAAAGCAACGGUUUUACUAACACUAACCCUAUUCCAAACACAAACUCUAACCCUAUAUAAACCCUAAUCCAAAUCCUUGACCUAACCUUAACCUAACCCUACUCCAAGUUUGUUUCUAAACCAAUCUUGAAGAAAAAAUUUUUGACGAAAUAUCAUUCUGAAUUUAGCGAAAUAAUUUCUUCCCAGAAAAGGUUGGGUCAAUCAAUUUGAAAGUUCAGUAAAAUUUGAAAAUUUCACAACCAAUCUAGAGUUUGUGAUGUAUUGUGUAAAGUUUGGCACAGUUUGUAUAGAUCGUUUAAUUAAAGUAGUUAAUAAAGCACAAAUUCAGAGUAAACAUUUUAAAGUCAAAUUCUCAGAAAUGGCACAAAGCUUGGUUUUCACAUGUCGUAAUUCAUUGACAAUGUUUCCAUUGUUGAUGAUCACUAAAUAUUAAAUUAAUUUCUUUCCGACAGACAAAGCAUUUUAUGCACCAAUGACCAAAAAAGUUCUUUUGUUUAUAAUUAAUAACAGGUCCUCGACCAGUGAAUAAUCCUCCUGAAGAACAGUUGUUUGAAAGUGGAACACAGCAAGUAGAGCAGUGUGAUGAUGUUGAUGCAGCAUUAGAUAUGUCAGAAGACGAGCAAUCUGCCAGUGCUAGUAACCCACAACUAGGGAUCCAAGGAUAGUGUGAAGUUUCAAAUUUAAAAAGACACUGCAAGAACUAUAUAGGGUCGCCGACAACCUAGAAAAGCUUGAUGGUUUACACUACGAAAUAAACAGUUACCAAAGGCAUUUCAUCUCAUUAUUUAUUGCUUUUAAUACGCUCGGCACACGAGUAGCGUGACGUUUGAAACAAGCCUAACACAUCAGAAACGUGCCUUGUGAAACUGAUGCUAUUUAUCUAUUUAUUGUGAUGCUACACGCGACAAUUCGAAAUUUAAAUUGUUUCACCAACAACCAAAUUUUGCAUAUUCUAAAUUUUCAUUUGCAUUUGCAGUUGUCGCUAAAAGCAUCCCCACGAGGCUACUGCUAUGCUAAAUUUAUCUAAUAAACUAUAAUUGAAAUAGCUGUAUAAGAUAUGUUAUGAAUAAUAAGCACUACGUCGUUACAUCAUUAAAAGACGCAUUUUAUCCUCAUCCGUUCCGUAUUUUACCCGCAUAUCCGUUCCGUGGAUCCGCUCCAUCCGCUUCCGCAUUUUAACUUAAUUGUGACAUAACAAUGAAAUUGGUUAAAAGUGAAACCAUUGGUUUCAGUUGUUCAAUCGUUCUCUUGUAAUGGUUGAAUAAAUAAACCUUUGUGUGUGUGUAUUCUUUCCUGUUAAGUGCCCAUCCAGGGUCACAAGGCCUGGCCAUUUACCAUAUGUGACAAUGGUAAAUGAGCUCACGAGUGGAAGAAAUACAUUCGUUCGUUCGUUUAUUAUUAUUAGGGAUAUAUGUAGAAAAGGGUAUGUAUAUCGCUGGAAACUCAGUGAGUGUUUUAUGUUGUUAUUUUAAUUGUGAUAUGUUUCACAAUAACAAGUUUCAUUGACCUUUGACUUUUCCCAGUGUGACGUGUGUCUAUUUUCAGCUUUUCGCAUGUGUUGAAUAUAAAUAUCACUUUAGAUUUCAAUAGUUUCACAGUUAUAGCAGUGUUUAAAGCAUUUUUGACAAGCUUUGAUACAGUUCUGUGUACAGAAUACUACAGAUUGAUUCUCGUAAGAUCUGGUAGAGUUAUCGUUGCACUGAACACGAGUUUGCACCGUUGACAACGGCGUUGUGCUAGACAGUAAACAAAGACAAGGUCCGUGACAGUACACGUUGGCUACAUGUACCUCCUUGCAUAAAGCUUGUUGGCGAGCAAAGCGAUUGGCGAUAACACGUUGGCAAUAACACAAUGGCUAUCUCCUCGUCUUUCUUAUUUAAAUAAGGAGCUCAGACUCAACUGAUUUCUUUAGUCUCGCAAGUUAUUUUCCUCGUAAACGCCGUACAAACAUUUACCCGUUUAAUAGUUGUUUAUGCUUUAUUGAUCUGGUACAGAUCUGAUGCAAUUUUUCGCUCUUUGUACUGAGUGUAGCCAUCUAUUCUGUGAUGUAGCACCUUAUACAGUCAAUGACAAUGUAUACUGAAUACACAGUCUAAAUAAUAUCGAUGGGCACUUACAUAUUAAUUGAUGCCGGUAAUGCAUAACAGAAAUUUAUAUAUUGUAUUAUUGCGUAGAAUCUCAAAGAUUUUCUCAAUAUUCAUGUCUGAAAUGUUUAUAUACUUGAAAACAACACUGUCUCGCUUCUGCCUACGUACUGUACCUCUGUAUAAUGAGUAUGCCGUGAAAAUAAUAUCGGCACUCAAUUGAAUGCCUAGAAUCUCAAAGAUUUUCGACUCAAUAUAACAAUAUUUACGUCUGAAAUGUUUAUACACUUGACUGCACUGUCUAGGCGGUCUAACUCCUUCCUAGCUCUGUAUAAUGAAUAUGCCGUCUAAAUAUUAUCGGAACUUAAUUGAACGCCCGUAAUGCAUAAGAUCAAUUUAUAUUUUGCGUAGAUUUUCAAAGAUUUACUCAGUUUUCACGUCUGAAAUGUUUAUACAUCUGAAAACUACACUGUCACUCCUUCCUUGCAUAUCGUCACACCAUCGUGAUCUACGGCUUGAUAGCGCAUGCGCAUUUGCGCUACUAAAGAAAAAAUCGGGUGUUCCGGGGUAAAGAUCCUUUACACAACAUGACAAGCGAAUGUUCUAAAAUUUACAAAAAAUUACAAUAACGAAAGCGAUUCCUCAAUAUUUUUGUGAACUUGGCAAAAGGAUAACAGGAUAUGUAAAUAAGUUAACUGAAAUUGCCUAAAUAACCUUCAAAGCACUGACUAAGUACGAUAAAUCACUACGAACAUAUAUCGUAUACACCCCCCGGAAAGUUUACUGUAUGACUGACUGAAUGAAUGACUGAUAAGUUUGAAUUUCCCCCCAGUCAUCACAAUACUGUAGAGUCGAAUGAACUCAGGCUCACAGUUCAUUGAGCCGAAUGAACUCAAGCUCACAGUUGAUCGAAAUGGAUCCCGGACAUGUCAGUGAGGAGCAAAAUCUGGGAGAACAUUCCUGGCGUCAGGAUCAUCAUAUCCGUCAUGUACUAUGGGGCCUAGUGGGGAUGCUAGACAGGGAGCUUUCGAAACCUUAGGUCCUAAUGGCUGGGCUUCCCUCUACCUCUACUCAUCCCCCUACCUUCCCUCUGGGUUGGUGAGUGGGGUUCUCAUGACUCAUCAGAACUCUACUUCCCUGAGGCUAUGAAACAGGAACAGCAGAUAGGAACAGGAUCAAUAUAUUCAUCAGUGCAAAUAAAAUUUUUUAUAGACAUGGUGCCACUUAAAAUUAUAUUAAGAGCCAACUAGUAAGAUAUAAGUAUGAAUACUUGGCUAUUAUGUAUGUAACAAACAACCAAACAUGUGCUCAAGGCUCAUUUUACUUCACCUAGGAAUCAGAGAUUUUUAUGCCUAAAACACCAUAAAUUUUCGUCAACAAUAUAAAUAAAUACCAUUUAUAUUUGUCAAUUUCAGUAUGAAACGAUUAUUUCAACACAAAAAAGCGAUAUGAGGACAUACUUGGUCGUACUAGUGAAGCUAUACUAAAUACAAAUAAAUUUACAACGCCAUGGCAACGGCAAAACAUUGAAAUAGAAAUUGUCUAGAAAUGAUACAAAUACUUGCCUUGAAACUCCAGACACGACUCCCAAUGCCAGGUUGAGAUACUUGUCUUCAUACGAAGACAUUCCAUCAUUACUAGCACUAUCAGUUUGCAAAAUAAAGCCAAAAACGUCUUCAGAAUGCGAUUCAAACAAAACUACAACACAAUACAUUUCAACGCCCGUGCGUGAUAAUCAGGAAAAUUGCUCUAAAAGAUUUGUUUUUCUGCCUAAGCCAAUCAAAAUCCGUAUCUAGGGUAAACAAACACUCCGGAAGUGAUUCCUGCAGUCUUUUACCAGGAAACUGUAAUGCUUUACCAAGAAUUUGGCGUCCGAAGUUGGCCGAACACUUUCCGAUCACGAGAAUUGCCAUAAUAGGCUUAGAUUAUUUCGCAAUUUCCCGAGACUGCUCCGAGCUAUAGAAUGGAAGAUGGCGAUUCUUUUGGUAUAUUUGUUAUUAUUAUACGUUGAAAAGAAGCAAAAAGACGAGCAUUUGAAUCAGGCAGAACAUUCAAAAUGCAACAGCAAAAUUGAUAAUGUGUCAUUUGCAGAAAUUUCACCGCAUUGAUCAUUUCAAGGUAAGAAAUUCGCUUGAAAUUGAGCGAGAAACAAUAAAAUUAUAUGAAUAUUUCUGAAUAUAUAGUAUCGAUCAAGCAGAAUUUUUUGGUGGUAUUUUCGUAUGACUACUGCAAAUACUCGCGAAGUUCUUUAAUAUUUAAUCUUCCCGUCAUAUACGUCGGAAAUUAAUAUUGGCGGAUCGAAUUGAGUUAAGUUACAGGGGCCGGUUGUACGAAAGGCGGAUAAAUCGCUAUCCGGUGGAUAAGUCCCUAUCCAGUGGAUAAAUUUUAUCCGGAGUGAAAAUCGCGUUGUACGAAGCUUGGAUAGCGCUAUCCAACAGAUAAAAUGUACUAUCCAUUGGAUAAAUUUAUCCGAGGUCCGGAGGUAGUUUAAAUCCACUAUCCGGCGGAUAAACUCAAAGUUUGAAGACAAAACAAUGUGUAUUUCAUUUAAAAGAGAUUGCCAUUGUGAUAGAAAUGGACAACUACUGUUUAGGAGUCCUUUUUUUGACACUAAAUAAACAUGGAAACUUACUUAUGAGUUCUCUUGCUCUUCUCAGACGUACCGAGCUCACUUUGAGUCACUUGCCCAUUAAAUAAUGCCAUGACUUUGCCAUAUUUUAUGCAGACCUGUGUCAGUGCUUAGAUGUUACGUUUUCUGGCCUUUUUCCUUCUUUUUUUUCUGUUAUAUAGCUUGAAAACAAGCAAUAAAACUUUCAUUAAAUGAGUUCCUUUCAACGCCAAACAAAUAUAGCUGCAUAUAAAUAGACAACAAGGCACCGAAAGUCGAAAAAUUUUGUUUGCUGGCCUUGAUCAGCCAAUCAAAUUUUGCGAGAAAAUGUUCUUAAAAUUGUUUUGAAUGACGUGAAAUAAAAUAAAACUGAAUCAACGUACUGAAACAAGAAAACAAAACUCGCAGUCUUUGCUAUUGCCUUCGCAUAAAGAAGCCAAAAAUCUUUUAAAUAAAUAUCGAUAAGUAGAUAGCAAACUCUUCACUGUGGGAAAACGAAGUAUUGCAACGAUUAGACGAGAAAAACUCCAAAAUAUAAACAUGAACAAAAAACCUUUAUUGCAAGUUGAUAGUUCAAAGGUUAGCGGAAUUCACAAGUUAUACUACAACAAAAGUUUACAAAUACCUAGCAACAGCUGGCGUAGAGAUAAGAAAUUUCAGGAAAAUCCGGUUUUCUCCGGUUAAAAUUAAGGUUAUCCAAUGGAUAGCUAUCCACCCUGCUAUCCGUGCUUCGUACAACGCAUUUUUAUUCGGCAGAUAGCUAUCCAUUGGAUAGGACUUAUCCACUGGAUAACUUAUCCACCUUUCAUACAACCGGCCCUAGUAGUACAGCAUACAGCAAACGACUUGUCUAUGUUCACUCUCUCUCUGUUGGUAGAGUUUACCAUGUAAACCACGAUGCAUUGCUAUGUUAAGGGGGCUUUGUGUUGUUUUUCAGAGAAAAAACCCCAAAUUGAUAUAGUAUUUAUACUGUAAAGUAGCUUGUUUGAACAGGUGCCAAAGCCUAAAUACUGUAAAAAGUGUAUAAUUUAGCUUGAAGCACCAUUUGCUGUGUAUGCCUGUAGUGUUUCUAGAGUUUGGUGUAAAUGGGGUCAUGAAUUACAGGGUGGUUUAGGGUAACGUCUUAUUGUUUACUGGUCUUAAACAUUUUUAUGGGAUUUUAACCGGUUUUCUGGACGUAAUUUCGGUUCUAGUUAAGCUACAGGAGUACAACAUACAGCAAACGACUUAUCUAUGAUCGCUCUCUUUACUGGUAGAGUUGAAAAAACCCAAAUUGAAACUGAAAAAAAACAAAUUGAUGGUAUUUAUACUGUAAAGUAGCUUGUUUAUAUUAAACAGGCGCCCAAGACUAAAUACUGUAAAGAAUGUACUCGUUUAACUUGACGCACCCUUUGCUAUGUAUGCCUAAAAUUUUUCCAGAGUUUGGUGUAAUUGGGGUCGGUGGUUCUUGAAUUACAGGGUGGUUUAAGGUGACGUCUUAUUGUUUACUGGUCUUAAACAUUUUUAUGGGAUUUUAACCGAUUUUCGCAUUGUAAUUUUAGUUCUAUUUAAGCUACAGCAGUGCAACAUACAGGAAACGACUUAUCUAUGUUCGCUCUCUCUGGCGGUAGAGUUUAACAUGUGUACAACCAUGCAUUGCUAAGUUAAGGGGGCUUUGUGUUGUUUUUCAGAGAAAAAAAAACAAAUUGAUAGUAUUUAAACUGUAAAGUAACAUGUUUAAACAGGUGCCAAUUAAAGCCUAAAUACUGUGAAGAAUGUAUUCGUUUAACUUGACGCACCCUUUGCUAUGUAUGCCUAAAAUUUUUCCAGAGUUUGGUGUAAUUGGGGUCAGUGGUUCUUGAAUUACAGGGUGGUUUAAGGUGACGUAUUGUUUACUGGUCUUAAACAUUUUUAUGGGAUUUUAACCGAUUUUCGGAAUGUAAUUUUAGUUCUAUUUAAGCUACAGUAGUGCAACAUACAGGAAACGACUUAUCUAUGUUCGCUCUCUCUGGUGGUAGAGUUUAACAUGUGUACAACCAUGCAUUGCUAAGUUAAGGAGGCUUUGUUUUGUUUUUCAGAGAAAAACCCCAAAUUGAUAGUAUUUAAACUGUAAAGUAACUUGUUUAAACAGGCGCCAAAGCCUAAAUACUGUAAAGAAUGUAUUCGUUUAACUUGACGCACCCUUUGCUAUGUAUGCCUAAAAUUUUUCCAGAGUUUGGUGUAAUUGGGGUCGGUGGUUCUUGAAUUACAGGGUGGUUUAAGGUGACGUCUUAUUGUUUACUGGUCUUAAACAUUUUUAUGGGAUUUUAACCGAUUUUCGGAUUGUAAUUUUAGUUCUAUUUAAGCUACAGCAGUGCAACAUACAGGAAACGACUUAUCUAUGUUCGCUCUCUCUGGUGGUAGAGUUUAACAUAAACCCAAAUUGAUAGUAUUUAAACUGUAAAGUAACUUGUUUAAACAGGCGCCAAAGCCUAAAUACUGUAAAGAAUGUAUUUGUUUAACUUGGCUCACCCUUUGCUAUGUAUGGCUUAUUUGUUUCCAGAGUUUGGUGUAAUUGGGUUCAGUGGUUCUUGAAUUACAGGGUGGUUUAUGGUGACGUCUUAUUGUUUACUGGUCUUAAACAUUUUUAUGGGAUUUUAACCGGUUUUCUGAAUGUAAUUUCAGUUCUAGUUAAGCUAGAUAAGUGUACUACACAGAAUUUUGUGCACUUUGGUUGUUAUUCAUUUAUAUUAUUAGACUGAUAUUAAUCUAUAAUUGUAUAUCAUAUGAAAUCCGCUGUCUAUUAGUUGCAUAUUAUCUGUUCUUUGUGUGUUUUAUAUUGAAUAAAUUGGUAUUUUGUUUAUUGUAGGAACGAUGGAUGAAGGCCAACGUGGAGAAGAUGCAGUGGAGGAAAGAACGAUCGUAGAAGAAGGCCAUGACAAAGAAGAUGCAGUUGAUGAAGAAACAAUGAUGGAAGGAAUCCAAGGCAGUAAAGAUGCCGUGGAGGCAAUUACAUGUAAGAGCUCUGUUUCGAACAAUAAUGGAACUCUGUCUGGUAAUAAAAGAGGCUGGUGGUGA